AUUCCUCUUUUAUGGAGUGGCCUAGAUUGCCCUAGUGACGUGGUCUUGGGCGUGGCCUCUUUCUUGUACUACUGCGUCCACUGAGUACGUCUGUGGCCUGUCAUUUUGUCGUUGGCGUGUGAUCUCCCCCCUUAAUUAGUGUUAAGUUGGCAUUACAUAAUCAUCGUUAUAAUUGCAUUCGUCGGUUAUGACCACGGAUGAUAAGCACGGCGCCAUAUGGUCUUGUUAUGGCGCAUAAGAUAAUCAACUAAUCUGUCUACACUUUCGUAACCAGCUAGCCUAUAGUGUAUUCGUAGAAUGCCUAUCCUUAACGCUGGUGGUGGCCUCAACACGCGUGUAGGUGAAGGUGUUGGUCCGUGGGUGGCGAGGCCAGAGUGAGGGAGGUGGUAGCGAGUCCUCACUGAACGGGCGGCGGCGGCAAGGCUCGGGAGGGAGGCGGCCAGUCGCGUGUCGGCCGCCGUCUAGUGAACACUUCUGCGGUGCCCUCAGGAGCUCGUCUCCACGCCCGACACAGCGCGACCUGUUACUUCCCGACGGUUUAUCGCACUGCAUCUCAUCUGAAGGUCACUGAAGGCUUGAACCGGAUCAGAUAGAAUAGUAAUUGAGGUGGGAGGCAUUCAACGUCACGCACCUCGUCGAAAACAUUGAUCCACGUGAAAGGAAACCAAAUACUCUUGUUAGUGAAAGAGAAGAACGUUAUACACACAGGUCGGGGUUGUUGCCCUGCCUUGGUAACAGCCCGCGCGUCGCACCGACCCACCUCGCCAUGGACCCAGCCAGGAUUCUUCAGAUCAUCACCAACAGCACCUGGAUGGUCACCAAGCUGGUGGGCAGCGACCCGGUAGAGUUCAAACAGCCGGAGUAUGAGGUGACGGUUCCUGAGAACACCCGCGCUGACCACCUGCUGCGGCUGUCUGCCAGGGUGCGGGCCACAGGCGAAACUGUAAAGUAUCGGAUCAGUCAAGGUAACGAGGACAACUUGUUCCAUCUCGACCCAGCUUCCGGCAUCCUCUCUCUCCUGCAGCCUCUUGACUACGAGCUUCAGCAACAGCAUGAACUAGUGGUGGAGGCACUGGUUGGUGCUGCAAGAAGUGUGGCGCGGGUCGCAGUGAAGGUAGAUGACCAGAAUGACCACGCGCCGGUGUUCCUCAGGGCCCUGCAUGAGACCCAGAUCACCGAGGAGGACAAUAGACACCUGCCCAAAGUCAUAUUAAAGCAAGUGACAGCAGUGGACAGGGACGCGGGUCGGUUUGGAAGACUCAUCUACACCAUCUCCGGGGACGGCAUCUUCACCAACGGGUCGCGGCCUUGCUUCUCCUUGGAUGCUGCCUCGGGGACGGUCUUGCUUCUCAGGCCUUUAGACCGUGAUCCUCCUCACGGCCAGGCUCAGUGGCGCCUGCGAGUGACAGCCACUGAUGGGGAGCUUAAUGCACACACUGACAUCCGUGUUAACCUCAAAGAUGCCAAUGACAACCCACCCUUCUUCCCUUCUCGCAUCACUACUGCGACCGUCUCGGAGGACACGCCUAUCGGGUCGUUAGUGACGCGCGUGGAGGCCACGGACUACGACGACCCUGAGGAGGGAGACAACGCCAAGGUGACGUUCUCGCUGGAGAAGAACGCGAUCGACGAGUCAAGCGGACGUCCCAUCUUCGCGAUCGACAGCGAGCUGGGCGUCAUCACCACGGCGCUGUGCUGCCUCGACCGGGAGAAGACCCAGCGCUAUGUUAUUCAGGUGGUGGCGACCGACGGCGGCGGCCUCAAGGGCACGGGAACGGUGGUGGUGGAUGUGGACGACGUGAACGACGUGCCUCCGAGGUUCUCGCGGCCCGAGUGGACGCUGGACGUGUCUGAGAGCCUCGACCCCGACAACGUGCUGGCCACACUCACCGUCGUGGACCAAGACGUCACCAACGACUUCGCCUACAGGGUGGUGCCGGACAGUGGGCGUGGCUGGCAGAUGUUUCAGGUGGAGGGUGUGUCAGGAUCACUCCCUGGUGGAAACCUGAAGUCAGUAAAACCGCUGGACUUUGAGAACCCCGACCAUCGGCAGGGCUUUAAUUUCAAGGUGCAGGUCACAGACGUGGGAGAAGCUGGCUGGGGACAGAAGAAACACAUAGCUGAGACCUGGGUAAGGCUGAAACUGAUGGACAAGAAUGACAAUGACCCUAUGUUCAGCAAGGAAAUCAUCCACCUGACACUACCUGAAGAUACCCCACGUGAAUCCCUCCUCGCCUCCUUCACUGCCUUCGAUCCAGAUGCUGCUGGAGAAAGCCAGAUUAGAUACCAUGUAGACCCAAACAGUGACCCUGGCCAUCAAUUUGACGUAGACAGGACAGGUACCGUGCGUCUGGUGGGUGGGUUAGACCGAGAGAUCACAGAUGCUCACAGUUUGCUGUUAUGGGCAGUUGAUGAUGGGGCACCACCCAGGACAACCACCAGCACUCUUACUAUUAAUGUGACAGACGUGAACGACAACCCACCAUUCCUGUCUGACCCUCGUGAGGUGCAUGUGACAGAGAACAGCCAGGCACAGCUGGUGGCGCAAGUCAAGUUGGGUGACCCUGAUGACUGGCAGCAGGGUCACGGGCCGCCCUUCACCAUCUCCCUGGACCCCCGUGCGCCGCCGCACAUCACCAAUAGUGUCAGAGUCACGCUGGACAGGAGAGGGGACGAUGGGCGGGGUGUGGGUGUGGUGUGGACACGGAUGGCACUGGACCGAGAGGAGCAUCCCACCCUGUUGGUGCCCCUGGUGGUGGGCGACGCCGGGUGGCCAUCCCUCACCGCCACUGUCACCCUCACCCUGCAUGUGGCCGACGUCAAUGACAAUCCCAUGGCGCCUGCUGCCAAGACUGUCACCGUGCACACCAUGCAGCGGAAGGGGGCAGCAGUGCCCCUUGGACGAGUGUAUGUACAGGAUCCAGACAACUGGAAUACUGGAGCUAAGACCUUUGCCUGGAGAGACCCUCAGGCAGGUUUCUUCCUGAACACCUUCACAGGUCACUUGUCCAUGGCUCCCUCCACCCCAGAUGGCCAGUAUGAACUCAGAUUCAUAGUGAGUGACAGUGAUCAGGGACAAAGGAACAUAGAAGCCAAUGUAACUGUCUUGGUGAAGCGCCUCAGCCCAAAUGAUGUGAGGAAUGCUAUGCCCCUCACACUGACCUCCCACAGCCAAAGCUUGGUGAGGCCUCACUCUGAGGAUGGAGUGUCAGUGCUCGGUCGUCUGGUGGGCGCCAUGCAGGCAUGGGCAGGUGGCAGUGGUGCAGCAGUACAAGUUAUUUCCUUGCAACCUUUGGAGGGAAAGACUCCUUCCACGCGAGUUUGGCUCUCUGCUGUAGGAAUUGCUAAUUUUGAAUAUCUUUUGCUUUACCACAAAAAUAAGCUGAGUGCAACACUAGGAAUCGGCAUGCAGGAUGUGGGUGUGGUCUCUUGCCAUGAGGAUGCUGCUACCUCCUUAGAUAAAGUAGCAGAGGAGAGAUGUGUGGGUGGCUGUUGGGUGGGCCUUGCUGACCAUUUUAGUGUGGUGGAUGCCAACUCCUCUGCAGUAGUGGGACCUCAGGUGGUCAUACGAGGACCCUGUGGCUGCACAGGUUCCACCACACCUCAAGUCAGCUCCUGCACCCCCAAUACCUGCCUUAAUGGAGGAAGGUGCCUUAAUACUGCCUCAGGCUCUCGCUGCAUCUGUCCACAUGGUACCUUGGGUUCCCACUGCAAAGUGCUCUCUAGGUACUUUGAGGGGGACAGGGAUGGGGAGGAUGCCAGCACUGAACUAGCCUCAGAGGGCUCAUGGGCAUGGGUGCCACCUAUCCCACCAUGCUCUGAGGUGCACAUUAGUGUGGAAGUGCUAAGUAUGGUGGGAACAGCUGCACUGCUUUACUCAGGACCUGAGCAAAGUGUGGAACAAGGGCCACACAUUCAUGAUGUGCUGCUAUUGGAGCUACAUCAGGGGCAGCCAAUGCUGCUGCUGGACUUAGGCAGUGGCCCAAUCACCCUAACCCUCAACACCUCCCUGGCUGACAACAUGUGGCACAGGAUAGACCUCAUCUGGAAGGAUGAGUUGGUGGAGAUGAUUGUGGACCUGUGUUUGGGUAGCCACUGGGACAAGCUGCCAGCACCCUCUCCCACUGCCCAUAACCAUUCAUCCACAACUGUCUUCCCUGAUGUCCACAUGUGUCGGAGCACUGCUAAGCUACCACAGAAUGACCACAUCCUCAACACAAGUGGGGUGCUUCAGUUGGGUGGGUUAGUGCACCCAUUAUCUCCCAUAAUUGUGGGUAGAGAUCCAGUGCUACCCCAUCCACCACACUUCCGUGGUUGCAUCAAGAAUCUCAGAAUCAAUGGCAAGUUGAUAGACUUGGGAAAUGGUGUCCUCAGCAAAGCCAGCACCCCAGGGUGUCCUGCAGCAGACUGCCUCAUUAACAACCUCUAUUGUGGCCUUCAUGGCAGGUGUCAGGGAUCACCAGGAUCACUGCAUUGUGAGUGCCAGCCAGGAUGGGAUGGCCCGGGCUGUGCCUCGCCCACCACACCCACCACCUUCUUUCCCAACAGCUAUGUCAAGCUGGCCCUCUCCUUCUCACCGCUGGCUUACACCUCUUCCAUCACCUUCAGAUUUCGCACCCUAAGGAGGAGAGGGGAAUUGAUUGUGUUGUCAUCACAGCACGGGCGGGACAGCUGGUCUAUACAGAUGGUGGAUGGCUGCCUGUGUGCAGUACUGCACCUCCAUCCGCAACCACCAACUUCUAUAUGUCUUUCACAAGCUGCCCUCACUGAUGGCCAUUGGCACUCCCUUGCUGCCACCAGGUAUGGUUCAGCAACAUUUUUGAUGGUUGAUGAUGAAGAUGGAGACCUGUACAAUGCCUCAUUGCUGCUAGAGGGACAACAGUUGUUGGAGGUAGACAAGCAGGAAGGCAUCCGUGUGGGUGGGUCUCCUCACUUCCAGGACACAGGAAUGUUCAAGAUUGAUAGUGAUUACUUUGAUGGAUGCAUUGAUGACCUGCGCAUUUCGGGUCACAGUAUCCCACUUCCACCAGCAGUUAACAGCACUACCUGGGGCCAGGCAAGCACUUUCAAAGGUGUGGAACAAGGAUGCUUUGCUCCAUCAUCCUGUACCAAUGUGUCCUGCAGACCACCUCUCAUCUGUGUCGACACUUGGAGGUCUUAUCACUGUGGGUGUGGUGAGGGUCGUGUGCUGGGACGCAGUCGUGUGGUGUGUGAGGAUGAGGAUGAGUGUGCCUGGCAGCCAUGCCUUAACGGUGGCUCCUGCUUCAACACCCACCCAGGCUAUGUGUGCACCUGCUUAGUGGGAUUCAGAGGACAGCACUGCCAGUUGCCUGAUGUCAGCCAGACCUCUUUGAAGCUGCCUGUAGGAAUUCUGGUAACCAGCAUUGUGUGGUCUAUCUUUUUCAUUUUGUUGGUGUGUGCCUUCCUGCUUCAUCAGCACCACCGCCGCACUGCGCUGCGUAAGUGCAUGGUGGAUGCCAAGGACACCUCUGAAGACUGUAAGGGUCAAGUUUCGCCACUGUGCAGCCACACACCGAACCUGCUGGAGCUCCAGCUGCUGAAACCAUCCAGAGCCAGCAACCAUCCCACCUGGGCAAGAAAUCUCAAUAUUGCAGAUGUGGAUGUAUUAAGGGUGGAUGCAGUGAUGACAAUAAGUAGUAGGCAAGAAUUGAAUGAAGACAAUGACCAAACCUCCCCACCACUUAUGAGGGGUGGUCAGGGUGUGAUGGGCUUGAGAUCCAACAUGGGCACUACUGACAGCACCUCACUUACAGAGAAUCACCUGAGAAAGUAUUCUCAUGAAGAUGAAGGUCCCUCCCUUAGGGGGAAUUUCUUCCUGGAUAACUCUAUGAUUCACUGUCCUGGAUAAGCCACAUGAAGUAUUGUGCAUCACUGUUGUUCAGGCUGCCUUCCAGAAUAGGUGAUUCCUCUGCCUGGCAACCCAUCAGCAUACAAGAGAGCAGGAGUGGCCUCUCCUCCCAAACAGUGAAUGGCAUGAUACCACACUAAGUAAAAAGCUUGACAACAAUUACAGAUACUUCAUAAUGAUGUGUCAGGAUUCAGCUAUUUUAAUAGUGUGGUGCACACAGAAUGCCAUAUUGGGCCUGUGGCAUGCCCUUUACAACAAGAGGUGCCUAUAGAUGACUGUGAUACCUCUCAAAGCUAAUUUUCCAACAAGAUUGAAUCUCCGUCCACUUUCUUGGUUUUGAUGGCCAACUUACAUGACGGAUUGUCCAUGGGCAACACCAGUCUUGAUUACUGGUGUGGAGGCUUGCAAGUGGAACCUUAAGAAAGUGAAUGUAAAAAGAUAUAACUUGUGUACUCUAGCAGAUAUAUUUAUUGAUUUUUAAUCUUUUGUAUUAAGUUUCUGGAUUGAUGAAUUCAUAUCAGAGUGAGGGCUCAUACCUCAUUUCCUAUAACUACAUCUUUCUCUUAUAAGUUAUCUUCACCAUCUCCACAUGUUACUAGGUUGUCCAUGUCAAUGGAAGUAUACUGUCUUGAUGCUGGAUGUAGACUAGGAAAGCUUUAGUGUUUACUCUAGUUUCCUUGGUGUGGAUCUGGACAAGUGGAACAUUAUUAUGGGGCCAGUAGCCACUUCCCAGGGGCUGUAGUCCAACUCGUCCCAUCGUCAAGUUGGCCCAUUGUGACUACCAACUAGGUCCAUUGCCAACUCGGCCCACUACCAGCUCGGCCCAUGCCAUACCCAUCACAUCCAAGUUUACUUUGUUAAAGCUAUUUAGAGGUUUGUGCAUUGGGCUUUUUAUUGUUGAAAGUGUUACAUUGGGCUUAUUGUUGAAAGUUAAGGGCAAAAUGCAUGAAACUAUUAAAGCAUGCCAUAAUUCAUAAAAAAAAAAAAAAAAAAAAACUAAAUUCAUAAAACUAUAAAAGCAUAUGUCAGAAUUUAUAAAACUAUAAAGUCAUAUCGUAAAAUUCGUAAAACAAAAAAAAAAAGUCAUAAUUCAUAUAAAUAUAAAAGCAUACGUUAAAAUUCAUAAAAUCAUUAAAACGUUAAAAUUCCUAAAACAAUAAAACAAUGAUAAAAAGUAAAACACAUUGCUAAAAGCUUCUAAAAAUAAUAAUUUACAUAUUAAGAAACAUAGAUGGCAAUAUGAUGAGAAACUGCCUUUAGUAAUUGUUUGGUCGAUCUUUCAUCAUUAUUAUAUUCGUCCCAUAGUUUUACAAGUUGGCCGUGAUGUUUAUUAUACUUAUGUUGCUGCUUUCUCAAAACCUUCCCUUCUGACAGCAGCCGCACCUGUAAAUUAACUAUCUUUGCCUCAUCAUGUAGGAGCUUUAAAAGUAAAUAAAAAUUUAAGUUUCCUUUCCCUGCCAUCCCUCAACAUCAUUAUUUGUUCUUAUGCUCCGACCGAAGACGCACCACGUGUGAGGAGGCCAUAUUGCAGAUUUGAUCCACGUGUCUUUCACAUAAUUUAAAAUGCAUAUGAGUUGUUUCACCCCUGCAGUUUUCCUAUAAAACCUGAUAAAAACCUCUUCUGUAUGUUCCUGUGGCAUGUAUGGGAGCGACAACAACUGCAUUAAAAACUUGUGAGUGCCGAUAUCGUUUGUGUAAGAACUUUGAAGGCCUAAUUCUUGCACUUUCCUCCACACAGCCUGGCCCCAGUGGAAAGCACAACCACGGAUCAUAACAUUUGGUAAAAUGUCGGGAAUAGCAGGCACUGCCUUCAAAGUCAAUCAAAACUUCAACUUUAAGGACAUGCUCACCUAUCAGCUCUCUUAUUUCACAAAGAACUUUUUUGUAGUCUUUGCACCUUUUUCCUGACAUAAGCGCAAACAAAAGGGGAACUUGCUUCAAUUCCCCAUCAUAUUUUACAAAUGCAUGGAUGCUGAACAAUUGUGUAAAUGGUUUGCGUGCUAUUUUGAAAGUAGCAUCGGCAUAACACUGCUUCGCUUUAGAUAGUAACUCAAGUUGAUCAUCUGUGGCAAAUAUCAAAUGCCGUCUAUCUCUGACAGUAAUGUCCCGUUGCAAAAAGUGUUCAAGAAUGUGGGCAUCGCUAAUUUCGAAAUCGAGGUCUUGCGGUUCUCCUGGUCGAUUUGCCUUCCGUUUACGAUUUUCCUGCCUUGCAAGAUUUAAUGGAGCCGAUAGACAUGAAACAGGAAUGGUAGGAUUUACUUGCUGCCUAAGUACCUCGUCAACAAUAUCAGAAGCAAAGCGAAAGACAUCUUCCAUUGCCUUUUCCUUUACGAGUGUACACACCUUACUUUUUACAGCACAGCUGGUCUCGGGUGGAUGGCAGUGUUCAGCAUGCCCUCUGAUAAAAGUGUUACACACUUCUUUUACUGUCGCCAGGCAUGAUAUUUUUUUUUUUUUUUUUUUUUUUUUUUUUUUUCUUACCACACACCGCCAAUGAAUACUCACGUUAGUUUUUCUUUUUAGUGUGUAAGAGUAGCCAGUGAUGUUAAUAAGUUUCGGAUUUCCUCUUUGCGAAGAUGAUUCAAUCUUUUCAUAUGUUACUGUCUCCCAUGAGGGAGACAUUUCCAUUGGCAUAGGAUCCUCAGUUGAAGAACCACCACUGACAUUUAUUUAACACUCCAUCUUCAAAAAAAAUUCAAAUUCUCGCUAUGCACAUCACUCUCUACCACUGCAUCCACAAAAUAUUCCGUGUUUGCACUCGAAACUACACAAGUUUUCCCCGGACUUUGAAUACACAUGUGACACAUCCAGUCAAUAUAACCUUCUUUAACAGCAGUCCUGUAUUGCUCCCGGGUGAUCCCACUUCCGCAGGUCCGAUGCUGCCAGUAGCUACAUCCACUACAUUGCAGUGCUUCCUGUCAUAUGUAAAGAACAAGUCACAGUUUGAAACAUACAAGAUUAUUAUUACACAUGACAUGUGUGACAUGUCAUUGGAGUACUAUUUACUUUAAAGGUAAAUCUUUCCUGGCGGGGACAGACAGUUUCACAGCAUAUCAAGCACUGGUCAGCCAUGUUGUCCUAGCUGCUUGAAGUCUAGCAGUAGGUUCGUACCCAUAUCAAUUAUAUAAGCUAUGGUUCAGUCUAGAAAAUUAUUCAAAGCCUUGAACUCCAUAUACGAAACAGCUAUUACAAUGAGACACUUAAGUGCUUGUAUAAAGAAAGUUCCUAACCAGAUUAAGUAAGCUAUGGUUCAGUCUGGAAAAUUAUUCAAAGCUUUGAACUCCAUAUACUAAAUAACUUUUACAAUUAGACACUUAAGGGCUUGUAUACAGAAGGUUCCUAACCAGAUUAAGCAAGCUAUGGUUCAGGCUUAAUGAGGAUUCAUUCAAUGCAUUGAACUCCAUAUACGAAACACCUAUUACAGUGAGACACUUGUGUGGUAGUGUCAAGAUUAUUCCGCCAGAAUAAUAUAAAUCCCAUACCACUUUUCAUCACGAUGCUGCAUCACCACCGUGCAACAGUGCAAAGCAUUUAUUUAUCUCUCCUCGCGUUUAUCUCACCUCCAUCCGGUCCCCUCUCUCUCAGCAUUUCUUUCUCUUCAAACAAUUAUAACAACCAAAUAAUUUAUAAUGUUUAGGGAAACGAUUUGCCCUAUAAUUGUUUCUAAAUGCAGUUGUUAUUAUAGUCAUUAAAUAAUGUAUGGAAAGUAAAUAAUAAAACCUUUACACCUACCAUUGCGUAAUAUUGCUGUGCAUGUGUUCUGCACCAUUUCAAAUAUAUAUUUGAAGAAAGUAAAGAUACAGAAAAGUACUAAGAACUUAUUCAGUGUAUGUGGAAGAAAAGGAAGCAAGAUUGACGAACAAAUUCGGUACUGUUGCAAAAGCUAUACUGGACGACUUCAUCUGAUCUGAUCUGACCUGAGGAAAAGAAUAACGAAAACAUUAUAAUAUUUGAGUAAAUCCCCUUAUUCUGCUCAAGGUGGGCCGAGUUGGCUGUCAAAAAUGGGCCGGAUUGGCACAGGCAAUGGCCGACUUGGCACAGGCGAUGGGCCGAGUUGGUUACAUUGAAUGAGCCGAGAUGGUUAUGGGCCGAGUUGGGCCUAUACCUUCCCAGGUCUUACACACUACCAUUUCCGCUAAGGGCACCAUCAUCCACAUGGAGGCUCAUUGCUUCCUUGAACUGACCAUUGGCCACUUUCACUUACUCCAUCUGUAUAUUGAUUGUUUUGAAACAAGAGAUGACAUGCACA